UAUAACUACCUUCAGUCCAGGUUUGGUAAUCAUCUGUUGGGCUAGAAGAAAUGAAGGGUAAGGAGCAGAACGCAAGAAGAAAUAGCCCUAAAAAUGGGAUCAAAGUUGUGUAUAUCUCAAGCCCCAUGAAGGUCAAGACUUGUGCCUCCAAGUUCAGGGCUCUAGUGCAAGAACUCACAGGGAAAGACUCCGAGGCUGCCACUGCCAAGGCGUUCGUUAAUGACGCUAACAAGAAUACUGGUGGUCUUGAUGGAAGGAGUGGCGAAUUGAGGCAGCCCAUGUGCUCGGAGUCAAGGUUUGAUGGUGCACUUGUGCCUCAUAUUGAAGAUAGUUUUCGUGGGAUGUUUAUUCAAGUUUACAAGAACCUUCUCCGGUGGAUGGGCUAAGAAGUUUCGGUGCUGUUGAUUUUUGUAUGAACUUUUGAUUUAGUUAACUAGCUACUGUUAAUUGGUCAUACAUUAUUAUUAUUAUUAUCAUUUUGUUAUGGAUAUAUUUUCUUGUCCUUGUAACUUGAUUGUAACUUAUUAUUGUACUUGAUUACUUUUAUCUUCCCGCUUAAGUUUUAUUUUUCAGUUGUAAUAAUUUUCAUAUUUAUGG